AUGGCGACCGGAGUGCCUGGACGGCUCGUCGGCUCGGAGAUUCAUGGAUUCCACACUCUCCAAGAUUUGGACGUGGUGAACACGUUGGAGGAAGCGAAAUCGCGAUGGCUUCGUCCUAAUGAGAUUCAUGCCAUCUUGUGUAACCACAAGUACUUCACUAUUUAUGUCAAGCCUGUCAACUUGCCCAAGAGUGGAACCAUUGUAUUGUUUGACCGUAAGAUGCUUAGGAACUUCCGAAAAGAUGGUCAUAACUGGAAGAAGAAAAAAGAUGGAAAGACUGUUAAAGAAGCUCAUGAACAUUUAAAAGUUGGUAAUGAAGAAAGAAUUCAUGUAUACUAUGCACAUGGCCAUGAUAGUCCAACUUUUGUUCGACGGUGUUAUUGGCUGCUCGAUAAGACUCUAGAACACAUAGUGCUGGUUCACUAUCGAGAGACCCAGGAGCUGCAGGGAUCUCCCGCCACACCUGUGAAUUCGAAUUCCAGCUCAGCAUCUGACCCAUCUACACCUUGGCUUUUAGCUGAGGAGUUUGAUUCUGGAGCUGGUCUUGGAUAUUCUGCAGGCGAGAAACAACGUAUAGAUCUUGGUAGUUUACCUGUGAGCGAUCAUCAAUUGAAGCUCCAUGAGCUCAACACACUUGAAUGGGAUGACCUGGUGGCAAGUGAUCCCAACAAGUUGACGCCCUUUGCUGGAGAUGUGAGCUCCUAUCUUGACAAUCAAAAUCAAGUUUCUAUGAACGGAUCUGCUAUUUAUCACCGUGGCCUUCCAUCCUCUAAUACAUCCGAGGAUGCUACCUCUGUAAAUCAAGUCAUUGCCCCAUAUGUCAACAUUGGGACCAGUUAUACCAGUACUGCAGAUGGUGUUUAUAGUCAGCUGGCUAAUCUCCAAGUAAAUUCAAACUGGCCAAGCACGGAUCCUCGGGUGAUGAACCCUGAUUCUUCAGUGGACAUUUUACUUGCUGAUGGUUUGCAAAGUCAGGAUAGUUUCGGAAGGUGGAUUAACGACGUAAUGGCCAAAUCUGCGGUUUCUCUUGACGAUCAACUGCUUGAACCUUCUACCUCAUCAGGUGAUGGGUCAUCUGCUUCUCCAUCAAUCGGUGAACAUCAGUAUUCUGUUGAAAACUCAUUUGUUAUAACUGAUGUCUCUCCUUCUUGGGCCUUUUCAACUGAUACCACAAAGAUUCUUGUUACUGGUUAUUUUCACGAGCAGUAUCAGCAUCUGGCCAACUCCAACCUGGUUUGUGUUUGUGGUGAUGAUUUUGUUCCCGCUGAGGUAGUCCAAACUGGGGUAUAUCGCUGUUUCUUAUCUCCUCAUUCCCCUGGAUUAGUUAAUCUCUGUUUCAGUUUGGAUGGUCAUAAGCCGGUCAGCCAAGUCCUGAAUUUCGAGUACCGCAAGCCUGCACGGCAUGUUGAUGAUGUGGUGUCAACCGAUGAAAACUCCAAGUGGGAACACUUCCAUCUCCAGAUGCAGCUGGCUUAUCUGCUUCUAUCUACAUCCAGGACCCUAAACCUGGUAAGCAGUAAAGUAUCCCCAAGUAGCCUGAAGCAGGCUAAGAAGUUCGCCAACAAAACCUCCAACAUUUCCCGCAGUUGGUCAUAUUUGUUCAAGUCAAUAGAUGAGAAUAGGAUCUCACUGGCGCAAGCCAAAGAAGACAUGUUUGAAAUUGCUUUGAAGAACAUACUUAAGGAUUGGUUGUUGGAAAGAGUGGUUGAAGGGUGUAAAGCCACUGACUAUGACGCUGAAGGUCAAGGAGUAAUCCAUUUGUGCGCAAGACUUGGGUAUACUUGGGCCAUUUACUUGUAUUCAUGGUCAGGUUUGUCCAUAGAUUUUCGUGACAAACAUGGAUGGACAGCACUUCACUGGGCAGCUUAUUACGGAAGGGAGAAAAUGGUUGCGGUCCUUCUAUCUGCAAAGGCAAAGGCAAACUUGGUCACAGACCCAACUGCAGAUAACCCUGGUGGAUGCACUCCUGCUGAUCUUGCUGCAGCUCGAGGAUACGAAGGCUUAGCAGCUUACCUAUCUGAAAGAGCUCUGGUCACACAUUUCGAGGACAUGUCAAUAGCUGGGAACAUCAGCGGCUCACUACAACUGGCUUCUGCUGAACCCACUAACGUCGAAAACCUGAGCGAGGAAGAACUAUACCUUAAGGAUACAUUGGCUGCUUACCGCACAGCUGCCGAUGCGGCAUCUCGUAUACAGGCGGCAUUCAGAGAGCAGUCACUGAAGUUGCGCACCGAAGCAGUCGAGAACGCGAGUGCAGAGGAUGAAGCUCGGAGCAUCAUUGCUGCAAUGAGGAUUCAACAUGCUUUUCGUAAUUACGAGACCAAGAAAAAGAUGGCUGCUGCUGUUCGCAUCCAGUACAGGUUCCGCACAUGGAAACUAAGGAAGGAGUUUCUCAAUAUGCGGCGUCAGGUCAUCCGGAUACAAGCUGCAUUCCGAGGGUUCCAAGUCAGGAGACAUUACAGGAAGAUCCUGUGGUCAGUCGGAGUGCUCGAGAAGGUAAUCUUGAGGUGGCGUCUGAAGCGGAAAGGCUUACGCGAACUCAAAGUCGAACCAGUUGAAGCAAUUGAAGAAGACGGACAGCCAAGUGAUGCAGAGGAGGAAUUCUUCAAAACAGGUCGUAAACAAGCCGAGGAGCGUGUGGAGAGAGCUGUUGUAACCGUUCAAGCCAUGUUCCGGUCCAAGAAGGCGCAGGCUGAGUACCGAAGGAUGAAACUGGCCUAUAAUGAAGCUUCGUCCGAAUACGACAGUCUUCUUUCUUUCGACGACGAGAUGGAGAAAUGA